AUGGCUUUUGCAUUAUUAUCAUCACCAUCACUUGUUUCAAUUUGUGAUAAAACCUCUAUUAAACCUCCUUCUCCCACCCCACCUACUCUUAGAUACCACAAACUGUCUUUCAUUGAUCAAUUCAUUGGUCAUAUUUAUAUCCCUUUUGCAUUUUUUUACCCAAAAGUACAACAAAGAGAGGAGUCAAAUAAUUCUCAUAAUGAACUUUCCCAUAUAGCUCACUUGCUACAAACAUCACUAUCACAAACUUUAGUCUCUUACUAUCCUUACGCUGGAAAAUUGAGAGACAAUUCUACCGUUGAUUGUAACGAUAUGGGAGCGGAAUUUUCAAUUGUGCGAAUAAAGUGUCACAUGUCUGAAAUACUUGAUCAUCCUGAUGCAUCUCACGCAGAGAGUAUAGUUUUCCCCAAGGACUUGCCUUGGGCUAAUAAUUAUGAAGCUGGUAAUUUAUUAAUAGCGCAAGUAAGUAAGUUUGAUUGUGGGGGAAUAGCCAUCAGUGUAUGCUUAUCGCACAAGAUUGGUGAUGGCUGCUCUGUGAUUAAUUUCCUUAAUGAUUGGUCAGGUAUCACUUGUGGUCAUAAUACGAACAUAACUUUGGCUCCUAGAUUUGUAGGAGAUUCUAUCUUUUCUACACAAAAAUAUGGUCCUCUUAUUGCUCCACUGAUGGAAUCCAAUGUUAGUGAAUGCGUACAAAAAAGAUUCAUUUUUCCUACCGCCAAGUUAGAUGCGUUUCGAGCUAAGGUGGCAGCAGAAUCAGGAGUAGAAAACCCAACACGGACUGAAGUUGUUAGCGCGCUUCUUUUCAAAUGUGCAAUAAAGGCAGCAUCAAAUACUACAACUACUUCAAAGUUGGUUCACUUCUUAAACGUACGUACUAUGUUGAAACCUCGUCUACCUCGACGUGCCAUUGGAAAUAUCUUGUCUGUUUUAUCCACAACAGCAACUAAAGAACAAGACAUUGAGAUACCAACGUUGGUUCGUAAUUUAAGGAAGGAAUUGUUUGAGGUGGCGUACACGAAAGAUCAAGUGGAACAAAAUGAAUUUAUCUUAGAAGUAGUAGAAUCCAUAAAAAAAGGAAAAAUACUAUUUGAGGAUGAAAAUUGUAGUGUUUAUUUUUGCAGCAAUCUUUGUAAAUACCCAUAUUACAAUGUAGAUUUCGGAUGGGGAAAACCUGAAAGAGUGAGUAUACCAAAUGGUCCUUUUAAGAAUCUAUUCUUCUUCAUGGAUUAUCAGAAUGGACGAGGCCUUGAGGCGCGGGUAAUGUUGAAGAAACAACAUAUGUCUGAAUUUGAACGUGAUGAGGAACUCCUUCAUCAAUUAAUUGACUGA